AUGGACGAACAAUUAUGUUGCCUAUCGAAGUUAGUAAUUAAAUUCCUCAAGAAAAGGACACCGAAAAAACGUAAUGUCACCGUACCAUCGUUACCCACCGAAUGCAUGCAACAAGUUUUUCAGCACAUAGUCGAUCAAGGAGAAGGCUUAUAUCGUCUAUAUCCAUUCUUGCUGGUCAAUCGUUAUUGGUGUAAAAAUGUUGUACCUUUCUUAUGGGCUCGACCAUUUGAGGACUUAAAACCAGAAAACCGAUAUAAAAUAAUGUUGAUUUAUCUUUCUUCUCUUAACGAUCAAGAAAAAUCAGAGUUGAACUCGUCGUUGAAACCUUAUAAAAUCACCAUACCCAACUUAAAACCUCCCUUGUUUGACUAUCCAAUGUUGCUAGAAGAACUUUCUUAUAAAAAUGUUGAGAUGACAGCACACUCUUGCAUAUAUAAGUGGAAUAGCGAAGCUUUCAAACAAAAAGAAAAAGAAGAACAAAUCCUCGUAUUAUCAACCGCCUUAUGUAAACUAUUUCUAAGAAAGUCUACAAAUCUAAGGACAUUUAUAAUUGACAAAUUUCUGGGGCACUCUGAUAUUCCCGAUUGCUCAAUAUUUGUCUACAAUCAACCCGGACUGCGAAACAUUUCGAGCCUUUCGAUCGAUUAUACAAGACCUAUUAUGGAGAAUACCAUUCGACUUCUAGAAGCAAUUCCCUCUAUAUGUACAAGCAUUCGAUGUUUAAACAUAAGGAUUCCAUUUUUUGAAAGUAAUCCCGAAGUAAUACAAGCCGUCGUAGAAAUAAUUCAAUCGCAAACUUGUCUCACCGAAUUCAGCCUCGAAGGAGUCAGAAGCGGAGAGUCCAAAGACAUCAUUAACGCGCUACAUCAAUCAAUCACUUUAACCAUAAUAAAACUCGAAAACGUGAACAUCACCACCACAACACUAUCGACCCUAUCCCUUUGUCAAAACCUUCAAAGUCUGUCCAUCUUAAGAUGCCAAGGAUUAACCGUUGAAGAGAUCACUGGUGCUGGAAGUAGCAACAGCAAUGAAAAUUUGUGGAAUAGAAUGAGGUUUAAUCUAAAAAUAUUGCAUCUCAAAAGUUCUCCAAGGUUUCCAGCAAUUCCUGCGUCGAUAAUUCGGUCCGCGGGGGACUUCUUGCAAGAAUUGAGUCUUGAUGUGAUAACGACCGAAACCGUAGAAUCCAUAACUUCGCGCUGUCCAAACAUAUUGAACCUGCAACUUUACAAUUUUCUCCCUCAACACAAUUCCUUGCUAGGCAAAUUAUUCCAAGGUCUCAAACAUAUUAAGAAACUGACCAUAUCAAUGCACCAUAGACAUAUGAAUAGAGAAAAUAUGGCCAUAUCAGGAAGAGAAUUGCCUGUAAGUUUAGAGUACUUAAAAUUACAAUGCAGUUUCAAUAAUGCUCAAUUAGAAAAUUUGCUGAGAGAAUGCAGAUCCCCCUUGAAAACCUUGAUUAUAGAUUUUAGGAAGUUUGAAUAUUUGGAUUUGAAGGUGAUAACCAAUUUCGUAAAGUCGAAGAGAACAUUAAAAUAUCUGGGCAUAGGUGGAAGAAUUGGGUGGUGCGCUGCAGAAGUGAAGGAGUUGGAAAUUUUGAAACAAAGAUACGGCGUGAACCUAAUUCCUCGACCUGAUGUUGACAGGUGGUGA